AUGUCGGACAACGUCGGCCUUUCGACUCCACGAGGAAGUGGCACUUCUGGCUAUGUCCAGCGAAAUCUUGCCCAAGUCAGGCCGCGCGACUAUGGCGCGCCGUACCCAAAAGACCGGGACAUGCGACACAAGCAGAGACAGCCGGAUAAAGGGAUCCUCGAGCAUGAUCGCAAGAGAGAAAUCGAAGUGAAGGUGUUCAACCUGAGAGACAAGCUCGAAGAAGAAGAGGUCGAGGAAGAGGAGAUUGAUCGCCGCUGCGAUGAAUUACGAACGAAGCUGCUUGCAGAAAUGAAUUCUAGGAAUAAAGCCAAUGCGCCGAGAAAGACUUUCAAAGAGCACCAGGUACACGAGAUGGCCGAUGCCAAGAUCAAGGAAAGCGAGCGACUAAGAAGAGCUCUUAAGAUCAGCUCUGACUACGAAGAAGGAGGGCAUUGGAAGAAACAGGAGGAAAGGUUGAGGGAUUCCCUGGCAAAGAAAGAAGAUGAUGAAGAGAAGGACUGA